AUGGCGCCGAAUAGCCUCCACAAGGACUAUCCAUGGACUUCGCCCAACGCGCCCUUAGUGGUCUCAGCGCCCAUGAUGAAGAUCACUAUGGGCCGUCUAGCAGUGACCGUCUCUGCGGCCGGCGGCUUCGGUUUCCUCGCUGGAGGAUUUGACCUCUCCCCACUUUCGAAGGACCUCGCCGAAGCCGCCGAGUAUGCGAACUCUCAAAACGUGCCGCUUCACAACGGCGUGCUGCCCAUCGGUGUCGGCUUUCAGAACUGGGGCAGCGAUGUGCGAAUGGCAGUGGAAGCCCUCCAAAACCAUCCCGUGGCUGCCGUGUGGUUCUUCGCGCCCAAGCAGUUGAGCGAUCUGAUCGACUGGGCCAAGACGAUUCGUGCCUUCAGCGAGGGCAAAACCAAGAUCUGGGUCCAAGUUGGUACGGUAGCUGAAGCCAUCGAGGUUGCGAAGACCACGAAACCAGAUGUCUUGGUGAUGCAAGGAUCUGAUUCUGGGGGCCAUGGCCUUGCGCAGCGAGCGGGUCUUCUGACUUUGCUGCCCGAGACCGUGGAUGCCCUAGCCGCCGAAGAUAUUGAUAUCCCAGUCAUUGCAGCCGGCGGUAUCGUCGACGGUCGAGGAAUUGCGGCAGCUCUGACGCUCGGUGCUCAAGGCGUAGCUCUGGGGACCAGGUUCCUUGCGGCUCAGGAGGCGGUUAUCUCCAAAGGCUAUCAGAAUGAAGUGCUACGAGUUACUGAUGGCGGCACAAACACCGUGACCACGACCAUAUAUGAUGUGGUCAGAGGCAUCCAUGGCUGGCCCAAGGCCUACAAUGGCCGGGGAGUCGUGAAUAGGACGUACCUUGAUGCAGUGCAUGGGAUGUCGGAACAAGAGAAUGUAGAACGCUACAAGGAGACUGUAGACCAGGGUGAUGCUGGAUGGGGGCCAGAGGGAAGAAUGACCACGUAUGCAGGCACGGGAAUUGGAUUGAUCAAAGUAGUGAUGCCUGCCGGGGAAAUUGUGAGACAGGUACGGCGGGAGGCUAUUGAAGUUCUACAAAGGUCGACAGCGCUGUACCCAAAAUAA